UCCACAACGGAAGUAGUCACGCAUGUAGUCAUGGCGUCCUCCUGUUCACGAGAGACAACGUGAUUACUCGAUAACAUGAGAAACUUUUUGUUUACUUAGACAGCCAAUAUCAGUAUCAUCCAAUUUCAGCAUAUCAUAAGAAAAAACUACGUUUGCACUUCUGGACUUUUUCACUUGAAAGACGUAAAGUGAUCAGCACAGAAAUGGCUUCAUUUAAACCCACAAAAAUUCAAGUUUAUCCAAAACUUGGAGAGAAAGUCACCCAAGACACACUCUACUGGAAAAACUACAAGGCUCCAGUCCAGAUAAAAGAAUUUGGCGCAGUCACAAGCAUAGACUUCUCCCCGGUGACUCCACAUAAUUUUGCUGUGACAGCAUUCACAAGAAUCCACAUUUAUGGGCCAUUUUCCCAGGAGCCUGUCAAGUCAUUUACCCGUUUUAAGGAUACAGCUUACUGUGGGAGGUUCAGGUCAGAUGGUCAGCUCCUUGUGGCAGGAUGUGAGGACUCUGUCGUGCGACUAUUUGAUGUUAGUGGCAAGGUGGCCCUCAGGCUGUUUAAAGGGCACACAAAGGCAGUACAUUUAACAGACUUCACCUCAGAUCGUUACCAGAUCCUCACAGGGUCGGAUGACUAUACUUGUCGACUUUGGGACAUUCCAAAUGCCACUGAGCUCACCACCUACACAGAGCACGCAGAUUAUAUUCGCUGUGGUGUCACAAGCAAACUCAACAGAGAUCUCUUCAUAACUGGAUCAUAUGACCACACAGUGAAACUGUUUGAUGCCAGAGUGGAAAAGAGUGUGAUAACCAUGGACCAUGGCCAGCCAGUGGAGAGUGUCCUCCUCUAUCCCUCUGAGGGACUUCUUGUGUCUGCAGGAGGGCGCCAUGUGAAGGUUUGGGAUCUGCUAAAAGGAGGCCAGCCUCUGGUGUCACUGAAGAACCAUCACAAAACUGUCACAAGUUUGGCUCUCAGCAGCAACGGACAGAGACUGCUGUCAGCUUCUCUUGACAGGCACGUGAAGGUGUACAACACAACAAACUACAAAGUGGUCCACAACUUUGACUAUGCUGCUUCUAUCCUCAGUCUGGGUUUGGCUCCGGAUGAUGCGUCCAUUGUUGUGGGUAUGACCAACAGUAUUCUGAGUAUCAAACACAGGAAAAACCAAGAAGAUUCAAAGGAAAUAGCUGGCCAACAGAGGCGCCGUCCAUCGUAUCGUGUCUUUGUGAAAGGGAAAAAUUAUGUCCCUAAACAGGAUGAUUAUCUUGUCAGUAAGCCUGUCAAAGAACAUUUGGCCAAAUAUGACAAGCAACUUCGAAGGUUUAACGUAUCCAAGGCUUUGGAUACAGCUCUGGGGACAUAUAUUAGAUUCAGAAAGCCUGAGAUCACCGUGGCUGUUAUAAAGGAGCUGGAUAGAAGAGGAACACUGAUGAAUGCACUGGCAGGAAGGGAUGAACGAGGGCUCUCUCAGUUACUCAACUUCAUCAUUGGGAACUUGGUUGAUGCCAGAUUUACUCCUGUCCUCGUAACAGCAGCCGAGAUGAUCCUGGACAUCUAUCAGUCAGUCAUUGGCCAGUCACCCGUGGUGGACCGACAGCUGCUGCGGUUGCAGGACCUUGUGAAGAGAGAGAUCGAAUUCCAGAAGGACCUUUUGGAGGUGUUGGGAAUGUUGGACACAAUGUUUGCUUCCUCCCUCCCAAGAAAGGAGGUGCCAUGCUCUGGCAUUGGCAGGUCGAAUGGUCUGACUCAGGGAGAACCAAGCACCUCAAAACCACAGCUGCAGGUCACCUGAGACUUAUAAGCUACUUUAGACUGGGUUUAAGUACCUUUAAAACAUUUCUUAAUGGACCAUCAGACGCAAAGUUCCUGUCUAGGACAUUUCGAAAAAGAAAGGUGCAAGAUUUAAGAGACUGACGAAACCACAGUCUCACUCUGGUGAUUUAAUUCAGUGUGACUAGCACAAUAAAGAUCAGAGAGACCAUACAUUUACUGUAUGAAGAAUAUCUGAAUAUGUGGAUGUAAAGCAAAGCAUUUCUUGUAUUAGAAAGCUUAUAAUUGCAAGUUGAAUUGUAAAUGCGAGUCUGUAUGCAUGGUAGUGGCUGAGUUCACUGUGAGUGUGUAUUUUUAUAAUGUCUGACAUUGGUAAAUGUUUCAUGAGCAAAUAAAAAAAUAAGUCGUUUGUCAUUUCCACACUGACUGAUUAUAAUUGUUUAAUUGCUUUGAACAAUUUCCAUUGUUAAAAUGAAUGUUUUUGUUUAUGUAGCCUGGCACAGUUUUAUCGCCCUCCAUUGGGGGGCGCUGUAACCUCAAAGAAACUGAACUUUCACUCGUAAAGGAGGAAUUUGCAUGUAAGCAGACGGAAGACCGAAGGCUUAAACAGAGACAGGAGAGGAUGCUGUGUCAGUGGAGGCUGAGGCUCAGUCUGCAAGCGCAUCAGCACCGACUGUCGACCCCUUCCCAACUUGUAGCCUAAAUACGGACAGUUGAAUUAGCAGUUAGCAAAAGGAGGAUGAAUCCGAAUUAGAGGGAUUUUUCUCCCCCACAUAUAAGCGUGCUGCCAAGGUUCUGUCGGAGUUUGAGCCCCUGUGCAGAUGGAACUGAGCAGAAGGAAAGUGCCUCUGUAUGUAAGUAUGCGCCCCAGUUUGCAGCCUAGAUCAGCUUCUUAAAUUAAUCUCAACAGUUAGUUUUCCCUCUGGAAAAUCUCUAAAAAUUGAGUUUGGAAUUCAGUGAGAGAUCAGCAUCCUUGUUUAUAAAAUGAAAGUCACUGACAGAUUGUGCUGUGUCUGAAAGGGUGUGACUGAUAUGUCUUCCUAUGUCUGUUCAUCAUGUUAGCUGUAGUUUCUCUGUACGAUUUAUUUAAAUGUGAACCCAGUGACCCUUUCACUGUGUUGUUGGAAAUGGUGUUUUCAGACAUAUGAAUAAAUCAUUUCUGUGUUGUUGUUUUUUUGUUUGUUUGUUUGUUUUGCUGUUGAACGCUAAUUCAAAGUAACUCAGGGAAAAAAAUAAACAUAUCUAUCAGCACAUAGGUGACAAUAAGAUCCUGGCAUUUGUGUAGCUACCUACCAAAUUGGUAACUCCGUGAUUCAUUCGCAGUGAUGUUUUUUAUUUGUAUUUUACUUGAUGAAAGAGAAAUUGUAAUUGCUGUGUAUUUGAUAUGUGGCGUUUUUGAUCAUGGUAACCCUUUGAACCCCUGCUGCCUGUGAUUAAGCUGUACACAAACAGGGCAUGACUUUGGUCAAAUAUUAUUUUUAUUGGUUUGGUGACCAAACAGUGCAAGCAAAAUCAUGCUCCUUUCGAGAUCAAAGGCAGAUGUUUUGCUCACGUUUAGUUCAGUAAUCUAUAACUAAUGUCAUGCCCCUGAUAGUUAUUACAAUUUUUAAAACUCAAAAGCAUGUGUCUGAAAGUGUGUGUCUGUUACUAUUGUGAUCAUUGUCCUGUUGCAUGACCCAGUUUCAGCCAAUCUUUAACUGUUGGGACAGUUUGACUCUAGAAUACUUUGGCAUACAGAUGCUCCACUCAAUGACUCCAAUGUGCCCAGGUCCUUUGGCUGUUUGUGCUGAUAUGCUGUGCUUGUUUUUUGCCAAAUGGGGCACUGUGCAUUAUGACCAUCUCCACUUUGGUCUCCUCUGUCCAAAAGACAUUGUUCCAGAAGUCUGUUGAUUUGUUCAGGUGCAACUUUGCAGACUUUAUAGGAUAAUUUGAUCACAUACAGAAAAAUGCUUUGUUGUAUUAGUGCAGAUCACCUAGCAACACAACAAUGCAUUUGACCAAGUGUAUGACACUGGAUUUCUGCAUUUUCUGGAUAAUAUUUUUGAAACAUAACAUUAACCUAAGUAUUAUAACAAACCAAGCACACCCCUUCGCGAAAACAGAACAACUUGAGUAACAGUAAAUGGAGCAGAAUCACUGAACUGGUCGAGUCAAACUUGGAGGCAGCCCACCCAGCAACUGACAGGACCUAUAGGAUGUGCUGCCAACAUCCCUGUCAGGCACCACAAGACAAGCACAGAGCUCUCAUGCUCAUACCUCAGCAAGUCAGAGCUGUUUUGGCAGCAUCACUUGGAUCUAAACAGUAUGAGACAAGUGGUUUUGAUAUUGUAGCUGAUUGGUGUAUGUGCUCACAUCCACAUAAUAAUAUGCUAUCCUUCAAGGUGCAAGACAAAGUAAAAAGUAGCAUAUGGCCACACUGGCACACUUCAUAUCAUUGAAAGCACCAGAAAUAGUUUUGUUUGAAAGUCUGCUCCAAUCCAUUCUUCUUCUGCCUCUGGCAUUAUCAACAGAUAUUUCCAGUAUUUCAUUUAGUGACCACAUUACCAUUAGUGGUCACGGUCUGGUCAAUCAUACAGAUGUAGAGAGUCUUAAUGAGGGUCCAGGAGAAGCCUGGUUGACGUUUGAGGAUUUGUGGUCAAAUAGAAAUCUUCCAGACAUGAAGAAAUAAAUAAGUGAACGCAAAGGUUAGAUUAGGUGAGACAAUGAGAAAUGGAGGCAGGAUUACUCAAAGUGUCCUUAUUUUAGUCAAUAAGAGGAGUGAAAGCAAAAAGCCUCUGGUUUUAUUAACCAUGAGAAAUCAGGUCAGCUGUUGAGGCCAAAAGAAAGACUACUGAAAAUACACUCCUAAGCCAUCUACACUAAUCUGUAAUGUAUAUUGCAUUUCACGGUAAACCUUACCUUUAGGACCUACAUUUUGGCUGCAGCUUUUUUUUGCCUCAGGCCUGUUCCUCUACUCCCGCCUCAGUCAGUCUUUUGAUAGGUUUCCAAGAAUAACCCACACAAUAUGUCUUGUGGCCUCAAUACACUGGUCUAUUGAGGCCACUGUAGGUGGACAAAUUGAUAUCGUCUACAAUAGAUUUCUUCCCCUGUGACUGUUGGAUGGUGGUGAAAAAGCAGCAGCUCUGUUAAAAGACAACUAGCCUGGGAAGCUUUUAUUUUGUAGCUAGUGAAGCUAGUUCAUGUUCAGCCUUUAUACUUGAAAUCUUUUGGUUGCAUUAGUUAUAACCACGUAUUCAAAGUGGAAGCAUCACAUGAAGCCAACAGCAUGGACCCAGAAAUGUGCAAAGAUGCAGAAAUCUGUUGAAAAACUUUGGAGACUGCAAAAAGUAGCAACUAGCCAAAGAACAUAGUGGAUGUAUUUAUAUAUACUUGUGAGUAAAGAGUGAGUGCUAGACUUUCUCAAGUGGUUACUAAGAAGACUGAUUAAAUGCUAGUGUUGUUUAUAUUUACUGAAAGUGUGAAUAAGCAGCUGUUUUCUCACAAUUGCCAUAUGAACAGCUUGCCACUUUUUGGCUGACAAGUUAAAAAAAUGAAUAGCUUGUGCUUUCAAUAUAACAUAAAUAUUAUUUCAAUAUAUAAAACCUCAAGGUCUCAGCAAAUCAGAUUUCUGGGAUCCUUAAAGGCUUGUAUUGUUUUAAUAUAAUUAACAGAACAGUUAUAGGAUGUCUUAUUUUUAGAUGUGUACUAGUCG